AUGGUCAACCACACAGAGUCCUUCGACUCUGUACCACAAGAGCUCGUAGAGCUACUUACCGCUGAGUUGCCAUAUUCGCUGCCAUUAUUAAGACGGCUGCAAUUCACAAAGUUCCCGCAUGGAACUUCCGAACAUGCUCGAGUCAUCUUCAUCUCAGCCACUGAACUCUCAUCCAAGCCUGAUGUAUAUACGGCAGCAUAUCUGGAUUUUUCCAGGUCAGGCACUCAGAUGUUUGUGUAUUCGACUCUAGAACAUCCUCGCAACGGAUAUGACCCGAGUACCGAUGAGGUUUACAAGGAACAAGUAGCGGAAUUGGUUGGAAAAGUCAUUAGCUUGCGCAAAGAAUACGGGAGAGAGCUGUUAUUCACUAACCCAGAGCGCAUUCUGGUCGGGACUCUUCACUCAAAGAUUCGGUCAAUCUUGGAAACAUUUGAAGGCAGAGUCGAGUCUAGGCCUUCAGGCCUUUUUGAUAAAUGGCUCAUGAAGAGAGACGAGCUACCGGUCCUUGGUGACGACCUUCCACCGGGAAUGGAAUGGGGAAGCGCCAGUUUGGAUGAUUGCCGCAUUAUUUGCGCCCGAACAGACAUUCCUCGAACACCGCAAGUCAAAAACUCAAUUGUCUAUCCUGUAACAAGAAGCUAA